AUGGGUGGUGUGCCUGAUUCGGUGUUGGACGAUGUUGGCUAUCCUUCUCGGACAGAGGAUGAUCCAGCUUCGUUAUUUGAGAAGAUCGGCCAAGUUGGAGAAGGAAACUAUGGCAAGGUGUAUAAAGCAAGAAACUGUAAAACUGGUAACCUGAUGGCAUUGAAGCGUAUAAGGAUGAAGGGUGAUAAAGACGGAUUCCCGAUAACGGCUAUGCGUGAGAUUAAGUUGCUACAAAGACUCAAGCAUGAGCGGAUUGUCGAACUGCAACAAAUCAUGGUUGCACGGGGUUCGGUUUAUAUGGUCAUGGAAUAUAUGGAUCACGAUCUAUCUGGUAUAUUAAGUCAUCCUAAUUUCAAUUUUGAACCGGCACAUGCGAAAUUCUUGGUGAGGCAGAUGUUGGAAGGCCUUGCCUAUUUGCAUCAAAUGGGUAUCUUACAUCGAGACAUCAAAGGCUCGAACUUGUUGGUCAACAACAAAGGAGAGCUAAAGAUUGCUGAUUUUGGACUUGCUCGAGCAUUUCAAAAGAAUUCAUCCAAUGAUUAUACCAACCGUGUGAUAACAUUAUGGUAUCGACCCCCUGAACUACUACUCGGUGCUACAGCAUAUGGACCUGCUGUUGAUAUCUGGAGCGUUGGAUGCAUUAUGGUUGAAUUUUUUGCACGCAAGCCUGCUUUUAAUGGAAGCGACGAAAUUACACAGCUGGACUUGAUAUAUCGAACCAUGGGCACGCCGACUUUGGAAUCAUGGCCAACAAUAAAUCAGCUUCCGUGGUACGAGCUGGUCCGACCAAGAGAACAAUACCCCAAUAGAUUCAAGGAACUGUAUGAAAGCAUGCUCUCGCCAGGAGCUUUGGAAUUAUUAGAAGCCAUGUUAUCCAUGGAUCCACAAAAACGACCUACUGCAACAAAGGCAUUGGAAUUCAAAUAUUUCACACAAGAAGAGCCGGAAGCUGUUGCUCCAGAAAACUUAUUGGAUAUCCAUGGUGACUGGCAUGAGUUUGAAUCCAAGCAACGGAAACGGGCAUCAAAAGGUGCACCCGAGGUCCCCAUGGCAACGUCUCGUAGCAGCACCCUUAAAAAAACUUGA